AUGGCUGAUGCAAGCAACGUUAAUGAUGAUAAUGAUACGGCUCGUCAAGAAGCAUUUCACAAUAGAGUCAUGGAAGUGGCAGAAGGGGUUGUGCAAGCUAAUCUUCCACGAUUAGCUCAAGAAGUAGAAAGUCGGGUGUUGGGAGUUGUGGAUGCCAUGAUGACUAGCAAGAUUGAAGAACUGAAAGAACUGAUAGAGGGAUCUAAGGGCAAAAGCAAAGAACGACGGUGCACAUAUAAAGAUUUUAUGGCAUGUCAUCUGACGACGUAUGACGGUAAAAUCGAUGCAAUCGAAUGUCAAAGAUGGAUCUCGAAUAUAGAGGCGGUGUUCAUACGAAGUCGGUGCGAUAAGGAAGAUCAAGUAAUGUUCGCUACCGGUCUACUAACCCAUCAGGCAAAAGAUUGGUGGGAUGCACACAGUAAGGAAGUAGGCGAAGAUAGACUUCAAAUUAUAACUUGGCAAGAGUUUAAGGAGCCCUUCAUGAGAUAUCAUUGUCCUCAGUCGGCUAUUGACAAGAUUCAGGAGGAUUUCUUACGCCUCCGGCAGAAAAAUGAGUCGGUAAAUGAAAUAUCAAACGCUUUCAUGGAUAAGAUGAAGUUCUGUGGGGAAUUGGUAACAACCGAAAGAAUGAAGAUAAAUCGUUUCUAUGGCGUGUUAAAGGCAGAAAUUAGAGAGUUCAUCACUCCUUCAAAAUGUGAAACCCUCGAUGAGCUCAUUAAUUUAGCACGGGAUAGGGAGAUUGAAAUUAAAAGGCAAGAAGAGAGAGGUGAAAAGAGACCAAGUGAAAAGGGUGCAAGUUUUAGUCCAUCUAAAAAGGGGAAGUUUCAGGAUCAAGGAAGGAAGGGUAAGUCGAAAGGUGGAAUUACUCCAUGCAAGACUUGUGGGAAGCUCCAAACCGGAGAGUGUUUGUUAGGCAAAAAGGGGUGCUUCAAAUGCGGUAAGGAGGGACAUUCGUCUUAUCAAUGCCCGAACAACCCGAAGACUUGUUUCAACUGUUUCGAAAAGGGGCAUAUCAAAUCAGAAUGCCCGAAGCUUUAG